AUGUCAUUCUGGCCAUUUGGACAAAAUAUAUCUGACUCACAUAUAAGUGCAAUACUGGAUGAUUAUUUCCACACUUUACGUAUCUUGGAAAAGGAAAAUCCGACGAUUAAAAAAUAUGUUCGUGAAUUUUUUGAUAAUUCGAAUGGACGCUCAAAUGAACUUGAUACCAAUGACCAAAUACUGGGAUCCAACGAUGCCCAGAACAAUAUCGUUCUAAACCAAAAUAGUUUUAAAACAAAUAAUGGAAGUGCCAAUAAUAGUGGUACAGUAUCGGGAGUUAGUUCCUCUAGCGGUUCACCUUUAUCAUCAGAAAACUCAUCAACAACCGAUUUAUAUUCAGAAGAUGAUGAAGUGGGAAACUCAAUGACCAUCACAGUUCAAAGUUUAAACAGUUCCUUCAUAGAUAGAAUACUUGAUGAUCCACAAUUAAUGAGUGAAUUGACAAGACAAAAUACAAAUUUAAUUGAUUUCAUUUGUUAUGGGUUCUUUUUAGAUCACAAAAAUCAAGUGAAAAAAAUAAUGAAUCUUGAUUAUAUGGUGAACACCUUAUUACAAUGUAUUGAUGACAUUUCCAUCGAAUAUUUAAAAGAGGAAAAAAUUCAAGAUACACCGGCAAAUAAUUCUUCAACAAAAUCUGAAACAAUUGAUGCUGAAACUGCAGUAGAUUCUAAUCCUCCUGAUGAAGAAAGAUAUAAAGAACAAGAAGAAGAAUUUAUGCAAGAAAAAGAAUCAACAUAUCUAACAAAGGCAAAUAUAAUAUCUGAAUUAUUAUCCUUAGACAUCUGGUUGAUAUCAGAAUCAUUAUCGAAAAAUUCAAUGUACCUAAAUAAACUGUGGUCAAUCAUAAAUCAUAAAGGAUUUGACUCAGAAAGAUCACCCCUGGUUACAAUGUUUAUGAAAAUCCAUCAAAAUCUUUUAUUUACCAAGACUGAACAAUAUAUCGAAUUUAUCAAAAAUAAUCCAAAGUUAGUAGAUGAAAUGGUAGCUCAUGUGGAUAUCCCCAUAUUGAUGGAUUUUUUCCUGAAGAUCAUUGCAGUAGAUAGAAUUGAUUCACCAACAGGUAUAAUCCAAUUAGUAUCAAACCAAGGCUUAAUAAUGAAAUGUCUUCAAUACUUAAACAAUGAGAAAUAUUCAUCAGAUACCCAAGCUUGUGUAGGUGAUUUCCUAAAGGCAUUAAUUGGAAUUUCAGCAAAUGCUCCCAUAGAUGAUAUAUCUAUUGGUCCCAAUUCAUUAACAAGGGAAUUAGCAGCCCCCUGUUCAAUCGAUAAAUUGAUUAAUGUUAUCAUUAAUGAAAAGGGGUACGCAUUGGAUACAGCUGUAUCCAUUGUCAUUGAAUUAAUCCGUAAAAAUAAUUCAGAUUAUGAUCAAGUUAAUUUAUUAGAGACUACCAUUGAAGAUAAUAUACCGACAGAUAGAGAUCCCAUAUACUUGGGAUAUCUUUUGAAAAAAUUCUCUGAACAUCUACCAAAUUUUCUCCAAAUUAUAGAAAAUGACAAUGAUUUACCGAUGUACACAAAUCAAUUAAAUGAAUCAUACAAACCUUUAGGAUUUGAAAGAUUUAAAAUAGUGGAAUUGAUUGCAGAACUAUUACAUUGUUCCAAUAUGGGGUUAAUGAACUCUAAAAGGGCAGAAAUAAUAACGUAUAAACGUAACUUAUAUUUGCAAAGUACUAAUGAUAAAAAACAUGAAUUAAAUGGCGCAUUUAACGAAUUAACUCUUAAUGAUAAUAAUAAUAAUGAACCUGCAAAGAAAAUUAUGAAAAAUGAUACGAAGUUUAAUGCUAAUGACAGUAUUAACAAUCAUAAUAAUAAUGAGAAGGAGGAAACCUCGACAAAUGAACAUAUAAAUACAAACCAGAAUAUUUUUGCUAUAGAUGACGUAGAAGAAGUUGAUGAAUCAUUCGAAAUACCGUAUGUUGGAAUAAACCAAAAUGAAAAAUUGAGGAAAAAUCCAACAAUAGGUGAUUUAUUCAAAAUUAAUCUUUACGAUAACCAGAUUCUAACCAAAAUAAUGAAACUUUUCUUAGAUCAUCCAUGGAAUAAUUUUUGGCAUAAUGUCAUCUUUGAUAUCCUUCAACAACUUUUCAAUGGUAGAAUGGAUUUCUCAUAUAAUUCAUUUUUGAUUUAUUCCUUAUUUAGCUCCAAGGGAUCAAUAGAAUAUAUGCCAAUGGAAUAUCAAGAAUUUAAAGUUAAGGAAAUUAAAGACGAUUUUAAAAUAACUAGGGACUUUAUUCUCAAAGGUUAUCAUGAAUCCUUUACUUUUUUCGAAAAGAUGAAAACAAACCUUGGUUAUAUGGGUCACUUAGUUCUCGUCGCUGAAGAAAUUGUUAAAUUUUCAAGACUUUAUAAAGUGGAAUUAAUCUCACCAGAUAUCCAGGAGACAUUAAUUGAUGAAGAUUGGCAGUAUUAUUCCAACGAGGUAUUAAAUGAUACAAGAAUAAUGUAUUCAAAGAUCCUUGGUGGUGGUUCAUAUGUGGAUGAUGGUAAUGGGAAUAUUAUACCGCAAUUGACUACUCCAUCAAACGAAUGGGAAUCUCGUGAUAGUGAAAGAUCUGGUAAUCCGAGUACUGGUGGUGAGUUAAUUAAUGUAGAAGCAUUAGAAGAACAAUUGAUUCAGUCAACGGAAUCUGAUUUGCAUAAUAAGUUAAGGGAAAUGUUAGUUUCACAAGCACAAGAAGAUGUUGAUACCAAAAAUGCCAAAAACGGUGUAAUCAUUCUGGGUCCACCACCUUCAGAUAAGGAAGGCGAAAAGGAGGAAGAAUCCAAUAGUGAAGAUAUUGGAUCGAACUCCUUUAAUGAUAAUGAUAAUGAUUUAGUGGGUGAAGAAGAGGAUGAGAUUAUAUGA